AUACAUAUAUACAUACAUACAUGUAUACAUGUAUAUAUAUAUAUAUACAUAUAUAUAUAUAUAUAAAAUAAAUAAAACAUCAGUAAUAACGCAACAAAUUGUGUAUCCAUUUUAAAGGAAUAAUAGUGUAGCGAAAACAUUAUCUAUAAUAUACGUGAAAAAAAAAAUAUAUAUAUACAUAUAUACAUAUGUGAGUGUAUAUAUAUAUAUAUAUAUAUAUAUAUAUAUAUAUAUGAAAUAAUCUAGUAUAGCGUAUAUCGUAUGUAGAUGGUGGUAUAAGCUUAGUAUAUACAUAUGCAUGCGAAAUGUAAAUGAAUAUUUUAAAUAUGUGAAUGCUAUUCCGAAUACAACAUUCUUGUAAUUUAUAUAUACACACGCUCACAUUAUAAUCGCACAUACAUACGUACAUGUAUAUAUAUAUAUAUAUAUAUAUAUGUGUGUGUGUGUGUGUGUGUGUGUGUGUGUGUGUACACGUACGUAUGUAUGAUAAACCCAAUUGAAAUUAUUCAAUCGAGUUACUUAAAUAAAUAAAAAAGAAACAAUCUUCCUAGUCCAUUCAAUGAAUCAACAAAUUUAAUGCUGAAUAUUUUGGUGGCGUAAACAAUUGAUUAACAGGCUUAAUUGCAAUCGCAAUUAUUUUCAAAUUAUUUCAUAUAUAACUAUCUUUUAUAUUUAAAUUCAUAUCAAUUCAUAAAAGUGUCAAGGAAAAAAAUGAUAAACAAAAUACGCUGUAACUAGAUAGAGAAAUUGUGUUCGAUAGAAAAGUUGUAUAUCCAGCUUACAAAAAUUUAUUUACGAUAUAACGUCAUAUACGAUAACGACAUAAUAAUAUUGUAAGUUUUUAAAUAAUAUUCACGAGUAGCGUUUAAUAAAAUAUUUAUACUAAUGUUCAUACCGAUAUCUUGAAAUAUCUAGAAUUCUGUUUUAUCUUCCGAUAAGUAUUAAAUAGAUAGCAAUAAGAAGGUGACUCCCUCUGGGGGGAAAAAAAAGAAAGAACUAAAGACAGACGUCUGAAAAAAAAGUAGAGCAUAAUGUUUCAAAUAAAUAUGUGUGAAUUCAUACCAACCGAGUAUAAAUUGUGUGAUUUUCCGAACGUCUGGAUUAGAACAGACGCGUAAAAGCUGUCGAUGAUACCGCGUUUAAACAUAUGCGAUCAGUAAUAAAACUGAAACGAUUACAAAGCGUUAAAUAAAUGUAUUAUUCGUAAUAAAUGGUUCAUCCAAAUUUCGAUAUGAAAGAUUGAAAAGAGGUAUAAUUAAAUUCGGUCGAAAUAUUAAAAGUAUUCUUUUGUAAAUAUUUUUUCCUUCGUUUGAAUUCGCCGAAGGUAGGCAACUGUCAAAAUGACAAUUGGGGAUGAAACUAACAUGGCUGUCGAAAUCGAUAGAGAACUUUCGACGUAGUGUUUGACAUCAAACCUUUUUUCCCAGUGAUAUUAUUAAUGGCGGCUUAUAAGAUACAUUGGUUUUUACCUAAAUCCUCGAAUCUUCUCUUACAUUCGUCAUGUUCUACGACGACAUUUUAAUGAAAUACAUCGUAACGUCGAACCAAGUGGCAGCUACAAUAACGUUUGUCUGCGGUAUAAUAUGUACGCUUAUACUGGAGUUUUACUUCUUCAAGAGAUAUCUGGAAACAGGACCUUUGGCAAAGACACCAGAAAAGACAAUGAAACAUGGACAAGCUCAGUUACCUCAGGAAUUACUUGAUAAAAUGCAAGAUGAAAAAACGAAUCUUAAUAGCAAUAUCGUUCGACAAAGUAUUUAUCAAGGAAAUGAAAAUUUAGCAAUAAAUCUUACUUUGCAAUUUCUUUUCAACGAAUUGCGAGACGCAGAACGCGUUCGUCUUUGGCUCUAUAGAAAAUUGAACAAUGAAUUCAAAGAGCUCUUAACGCAAUCGACUACUGGAAAACUACUUGAUAGCGUAAAGUUAAGAGAUUUGAAUCUGGGCACACAAUUUCCAACGAUAAAGGGCUUGGAAGUAGCCGAUUCUAAGAUAGACGCUGAUACUGGAUUAUUGGAAUCAUUGGAUUUGUCCCUCGAUUUACAUUAUUCAGGAAAUUUUCAAAUGUCAAUAGACGUUAAAAUGUUGUUGGGAAAAACGGCGUACAUGGCUUUACAAGUGAAACGUGUUACUGGUCGAGCAAGAUUGCAAUUCACGCGCGUACCAUAUACGCAUUGGUCUUUAAGCUUCUAUUCGGAUCCCAUUUUGGAAUUGGAAGUGCAAUCCCAAUUCCAAGGUCGCCAAUUGCAACCACAAAUAAUAUCAUUAAUUACUGGACAAAUAAGAAGGGCCGUACGUCGAAAACAUACGUUACCACGAUACAAGAUGCGUUAUAAACCUUUCUUUCGCAGAUUAAACGAUGAAGUUAUCGACCUAUCAGAAGUUGCCGGUGUGCAGAUCAAUCCAGGAUGCUUGGAAGUUACGUUGUUAGAAGUUAGUCGAUUAAACGUUGGACCUAACAUGGUUAAUGCAGAAGACGUCUCUCAAAUAGAGGUGCAUUGUACGAUGAGCAUAGACUCAACGCCUUGGGUACAUUUAACGCAAUAUAAUGGAGUAACGUACAUGAUAUUAGAUUUAAUUAUUAGUAAAACUAGUUCGCAGCAGCUUGGUGUAGUAUUUAAACAAGAGCUUGUUCCUGAAAUUGGUCAAGUAUGCGUACUCGUUGAAACUAUAGUAUCUGCAAGUCCGGCUGCCAUAGCCGAGAUGAGAAAAGGUGACAUUUUAAUAGCCGUCGAUGGUAAAAAGGUAAACAAUAUGAAUCAAGUCGCAAAACUUGUUAAAAGUGCUGUACAGAGACGUUUCAUUAUUAGAGUCGAAAGGAAAUAUCUCAAAGUAGAUACGGAGAAACAAGCUUGUAUUAUUAAAUCUGACAGUGAGAUAAAGUCUGGAAUGGAAAAAAUUUCAGAAAGGAGAACUGAUGCGUUAGGGAUAAAAGGAGAUGGUACGAUCGAUGAUAUCAGUAAAGUGAAACUCGAAGGUCCAAUGAAAUUCUUAGAACCAAAAGAUACGGACGGCGAGAGUGUAAUAGAUAGGUCUGAAUUUUCUAGUAGAUUGUUCAGAAGAAGAAGGAGUAGUAGCACGCAUAUUUCCGAAGAAACAACUCAACAAAUGCCUGAAACACCAUCGAGAAGAAUUUCAACGGCUUCGAGUCAAUCGACAACAUCCGGCAACAUUCAGUUUUGCCUUAUCGACGAUAAUAAUGUCACUAAUUUGUCUGAUUUGUAUUACACCACGAAGGAAAAGGGAUAUGCCUCUUUGAUCACUUUCGAGGAAACUAGAAAUUUCCAGAUAGACUCGGAACAGCAUUAUUUAAAUAUAGGUGUAUGGGGCCGCGUUAAAUCUAACGAAUAUACUCCUAAAUUAUUAGGAUACAUUAAUGCCCCUAUAAAAUUGAUCGUGGCGCAGUGUGCUAAGUCGUCGACAGGACAUUAUCUUAAAUGUCAUCCACUGUUGCCACCGGAAAGUGCUUCUUUAGCAACGUCCAGUAAUAAAUUACAAGGGUACUCUGGUUUUGAUCCUACUCUAUGCUUCGGGGACAUUUUAAUGUCGUAUAUGUGGGAAAGCAGUGUGCCAAAUAGCCAUAUCACGAGCGAAUCUGUAAAAAAGGAUAAUGUAGAAGCUAUUAUUAGAGCUCAGCCGAUUCAGAGUGAAGAGGUAGCUGAAAGGAAAGUGCAUGAUUUCAUUAGGACGCACUUCCACAGAGCGACUCACUGCGAUUUUUGCACGAAAAAGAUUUGGUUAAAGGAUGCGAUACAAUGCAGGGACUGCGGUAUGGUAUGUCAUAAAAAAUGUGAGGUUCGUUGUCAAGCAUCAGGGAUAUGUGGUUCGGAAACCACAUUAGCCACCCUGGCAUUAGAAGCCGAUGAAAUAGAGCCCAUCGCUAUUGUCGGCGAGUCUAGUCCGGAGAUAUCUCUUACCGGUUGUGAAGAUAAUGUUCAGGGUGCAAGUAUGAUGGCCAUGAAGGCUAGUAUAGCUAACACACUCUUGGGCCUCAAGAAGGCUGGAAGUACCAGUUGUCUGGCUCCACCAACUUCCGGUAUCGGUCUGGCAUCUAGAAGUCUUCCCCCAAGUCCCUGUGCAUCCCGCAAGAGUUCAUUGGUUGGAGGUUUGGGUAUAAGUCCUGAACUUUUGGAAGGUGCUGAACCAAGCGUGGCAGCUCCACUUGUCGCAGGAGAUUUGGACGAUGGUCUUAUGUCUAGAGCCAAAGAUACUGGAAAAUUCUUAUACAAGUAUUUCGAGCCAUUGGAACGUGUCGAGAAGAUCAAUGACAUGAUAGGAAAACUAAAAACUGCCCUGGAUGCUGAAACUACCUCAAGAUUAGAGUUAUCUCAAAGCGGAGAGAACGAUAGUAUAAAAUUAAUUGCACAGAGCGAUUUACGGGUGCAGGCCUUGAGUGUCUUACUUCUUCAUUAUUGUGCUGGCUUGCAACACGCGCAAGAGGCAUUAGAGAAAGCUAAAAACGAAAACUGAAUGAGAGAGAGAGAGAGAGAGAGAGAGAGAGAGAGAGAGAGAGAGAGAGAGAGAGAGAGAGAAAUGUUCAUAUAUUUCCAGAUCCUCGAAUAUUCUACAUUAGUCAAUUAGUGAAUUUAUAAUAAUACUCUGAUAUAGGAUAUUUUUAUUUUAGACUCGAGAUAUUGGCUUGAUCAAAAAUUAUUACACGCGUGAACAUAUUUAUCCGUAUAAAUAUUACUCUCUGAUUGUGAAGUUAUAAUACUCAAAAAUAUCUAGUUGUGAUAAAUGAUUGAAAUCUCCUAGUAAACACCAAAUGCUAAGACUUAUAUUUAUAAUAAAUUGUAUAUUUGUAGAAAACCGAGUACAAGAUAUGUUUCGCUACAUAGCCAUACAUGUCUCUGUGUGUGCGUCUGCGUGUGCGUCUGCGUAAGCGUAUGUAAUUUAUCAAUGGAGUAUAACUAGAAUAGAAUAAUGUCUUUUACAUGUGUGAUGCAAUGAAAUAUUGAUUAAAGGAACGAAAUGUAAUGGAACGUGCAUCGAUGUAUUUUCUAAUGUCUCCAUGUAUUUUUCUGAAUUUUUUCAUAUUUCUUUAAAUAUUCGUGAUAUAAACUUAUAAAUAUUCUAUUUCACAAUCAAAAAAUUAAUCUUAUCGUAACGCAUUAACUUUGGCCUAACAACUUUUAGUAUUAUUCGUAUAAUGCAACGAAAAAUAUAUAUGAAUCCCGACUGAUUUUCGAUUAAUAUCAGUAGUAUAUUUAGUAAUACAUAAAACAAAUAAUAUCGAUAGAGAUCCAUCUAUUCAGGAUGUGUACGUUUGUCAAUGUUCGUUUUGCAAUUGUAGCAAAUGUUUAAAAAACGUCUUGUUAAGGUAUAAGAUAAAUAUAUCCGUUGUAUAAAUAA